AUGACAACUUCUAAAGUGAUUUCUCAGGAUUCAUCAAUGAUAUCAAAGAUUCGACCAUUUCUCUAUCUAAGUGGAUUAGCACCACUUACGCCAACAUCACUUAGACCAUUUACCUGUGUGAUCAAUUGUGUCGCAGGUUUACGACAAAUUCUACCAUCGCAUCUUUCUGUGCUUCAUAUACCAAUUGAGGAUGACGAAGGAACAGAUUUAAGUCCAUAUUGGCAUAUUGUAUUUCGUAAAAUUGAUGAUCAAAAAAGAAAUGGUGGCAAAGUGCUCAUCUUUUGUGGUAUGGGCAUAUCCAGGUCAGCAACUUUUGUUGUUGCAUAUUUGAUGUGUGUGGAAAAGAUGACAUUACGAGAUGCUUAUAAAGAAGUGCAAAAUAUACGAAAUAUUAUUUGUCCUAAUGUUGGAUUCUUCAAACAAAUGAUCGAAUUAGAGGAAAAGCUCUACAAUCAAACUACGGUAAAAAUUAUCACACCGGUGAAUGGUGUCGAAGUACCGGAUGUUGUAUGGAAUGAAUUGUAUGAUGAGAUGAUGGAUGACAUUAACAAGAAUGGUUCCUGA